CCACGGCUACAUCAGCAACUGAGAAAUAAAAAACAAAGAAAUAAAGAAAAUAAAAUUUGGGGGUUUAGGGUUUUUGCUCUUCCCCGCUCCCCAACACUCAAUUCCAUUCUUCUCUCUCCUCCAUUGCUCCCCAGUAUUCACGAUGAUGUACAACGACCCUCACCACCACCACCAUCAGCAGCCUCAGCCGCAUUUCCACCACCAACAGCCUCCGCCGCCGCCGCCGCCGCAGCAGCAGCAGCAGCCAGGUCCUGAUUUCCACCGUGGACCCCCGCCUCCUCCGCAGAUGAUGCGUCAGCCUUCUGCUGGUUCCUCCACUGAAUUUCACCACCCCGCUCCCGGAGGCCCUCCUCCUCACUACGACGGUCAUGGCGAUAGUCACGGUGCAAAAAGGAUAAGAAAGCUUACUCAACGGAAAGCAGUUGAUUACACAAGCACCGUCGUGCGGUAUAUGCAGGUUCGAAUGUGGCAGAGGGAUUCGAGGGAUAGGACGGUAUUGCAACCUACCCCAGCCGCAGCAAUUGAUAUGUUGCCAGCUGCUGGGUACCCGGACAAUCCAUCUACCAGCUUUGCUGCCAAGUUUGUUCAUACCUCUUUAAAUAAAAAUCGAUGUCCAAUUAACAGGGUUGUGUGGACUCCAACGGGUCGGCGUCUUAUCACAGGUUCUCAGACUGGUGAAUUUACCCUCUGGAAUGGACAAUCUUUUAAUUUUGAAAUGAUUCUUCAGGCUCACGACCAAGCAAUUAGAUCCAUGGUUUGGAGUCACAAUGACAACUGGAUGGUCUCGGGUGAUGAUGGUGGUGCAAUAAAAUAUUGGCAGAACAACAUGAAUAAUGUUAAAGCCAACAAAUCUGCUCAUAAGGAAUCAGUCCGUGACUUAAGUUUCUGUAGAACAGAUUUAAAGUUCUGUUCGUGCUCUGAUGAUACCACAGUUAAAGUAUGGGAUUUUGCAAGAUGUCAAGAAGAGCGUUCUUUAACUGGCCAUGGUUGGGAUGUUAAGAGUGUUGACUGGCAUCCUACAAAAUCUCUAUUAGUAUCAGGUGGCAAGGACCAGCUUGUAAAACUCUGGGAUGCUAAAACAGGAAGAGAGCUUUGCUCAUUUCACGGCCAUAAAAGUACUGUACUCUGUGUCAAAUGGAAUCAAAAUGGCAACUGGGUGCUGACAGCCUCAAAGGAUCAAAUAAUAAAGCUUUAUGACAUAAGGGCUAUGAAGGAGCUUGAAUCUUUCCGUGGACAUCGGAAGGAUGUAACUGCUUUGGCGUGGCAUCCGUUUCAUGAAGAGUACUUUGUCAGUGGAAGUUACGAUGGUGCAAUAUUCCAUUGGCUUGUUGGGCAUGAUACACCGCAAAUUGAAAUUCCAAAUGCUCAUGAUAAUAAUGUGUGGGACCUUGCAUGGCAUCCUAUCGGAUAUCUUCUCUGCAGUGGUAGCAGUGAUCACACAACAAAGUUUUGGUGUCGGAAUAGGCCAGGAGACACUGGUCGUGAUAGAUUUAACAUGGGAUAUGCUGAGCAAACUCCUGUAGCUGGUCGAGUUGGUGGUAAUUUUCCUGUACCUGAGGGUCCAACAACCCCAGGACCAUUUGCCCCUGGGUUGACUCGAAAUGAGGGUACAAUUCCAGGUGUUGGAGUUGCAAUGCCCCUGGCCAUUCCUUCGCUUGAUACACCUCAGGGAGACCAGCAAUCUCAUCCAGUAUCAAUGGGUGCCCCUCCUCUUCCCCCAGGUCCACAUCCUUCUCUUCUUGCGUCCAAUCAACAGCAACCGUACCAGCAGAAUCCUCAGCAGAUGCCACAACAUCAACACCAGGGAAUGCCACAUCAGAUGGGUCCAAUUCCUAUGCAUCCAAAUAUGCCACAGCUACAACAUCCUUCCCAUUCACCCAUGCUCCCUCAUCCACAUAUGCCUCGCCCCCCAAGCCAAAUGCCCCCUCUUGGAAUGGCCGGAUCCAUGCCAAUGAUUUCUUCGGUGCCUCCAUCUCAUCCAAAGCCAAUGUCAGGUCCUAUGGGGAUGCAAGGUGCAAUGAAUCAGAUGGGGCCUCCUAUGCCACAAGGUCCCUAUGUUGGCAUGAAUCAAAUGCAUUCAGGAUCCAUGCCCAAUAGUGGAGGGCCUCCUAUUGGAGGCUUUCCAGGCAACAUGCCUAACAUGCAGGCACCAUCAAAUGCUGGUUAUGGUCAAGGUGGUUCAUUCAACCGACCUCAAGGUGGACAAAUGCCAAUGAUGCAAGGGUAUAAUCCUUACCAGUCUGGAAAUCAAUCUGGGCUUCCUCCAAACGCACAACCUGGUCAUGGCUCACACACUCAAAUGCCUCAAUAGAAAAAGAAUGAAAGAUUUCUUUCUUAGAUGUUUUCUGUUUUAAUCUUUUGUAUUUUCCCUACCUCUCUAUUUUUCUUGUUUUUAAUCUUUGCAGAGAUUAUCUCACAUAGAAAUUGAGUUCUCUUGUUAUGUGAAUUCCCAUCUGUAUUAUUUUGGAUGGUAGAGUUGUUUCAGAUGUAAUCUGAAAUGCCUGGUGAACUAUUCAUUGUAGAAGUUCCAUUAUCUGAUGAGUGAUAACUUUUAGUGUAACCGUGAUGACAAAAGAGUAAUUGUAAGGCCAAAAACUCUACUCUUUUUUUUAUGCA